AUGGCUGUAGUUCAUGCCAAUUAUUGCUUCCGUUACAUUGAUAUUGGAGCUCAAGGACGUCAUUCUGAUGGUGGUGUUUUUGACCAUUGUUCUUUAAGACAUAUGAUUGAACAAAAUAAACUGCAUAUUCCAGAAAACUUUGUGUUUGGGGGAGACGAAGCGUUCCCAUUAAAAUCCUAUUUGAUGAGACCCUACCCUAGAAGAGAAUUGAAUACUGAUUGUAAAAUAUUCAACCACAGGCUGUCAAGGGCGAGGAGAACCGUAGAAAACGCUUUUGGUAUUUUGGUUUCGCGAUUUCGUGUAUUUGAGAAACCUAUAGCUACUUCUGUACCAACUGCAGUAAAAAUUGUAAAAACCGCAUGCGCCUCACACAAUUGGUUGCAGACAAGAAGUGAUUCGAAUUAUUUUUCUCUUGGAAUUAUUGAUAAAGAAGACUUGGAACACUAUACUUUUACACCUGGUUCAUGGAGAGAAGAAUCUAAAAGUAAUGGACUUAUCCAGUUGCAGCCAUUAUCUCCAAGGUUUCCUGAUCGCAGUGCAAGAGAACUUAGAAAUUAUUACUGUAAUUAUUUCAAUGGAGUUUUAGCAGUGCCAUGGCAAAAUGAAAUAAUUCGUUAG